AUGUCGCUGAGAGUUCUCUCUAGACUCGACACCGCCAGGACGCAGUACUACCACUUCAAGGCCAUAACUAUCGCAGGUUUGGGGUUAUUCGCUGAUGCCUGCUAUCUCUUCUGCAUCCCGCCGAUCAUGAAACUGAUUGGGCACAUAUACUACAAAUCGCACAACAACCGAAUCCAGCCUGCCGUCGAAUCAUCCAUGCUGGCCGCUACUUUACUCGGCACCGCGAUUGGUCAACUCAUCUUCGGUAGGCUUGGCGAUCGUGUAGGGAGGAGAGGUGUGUAUGGCGUCGCCUUGAUAUUCAUGAUGGUCGGCUCCAUCGCGUGUGGAUUCUCACUAGGCACGACACCAGGCUGUGUCUUGGCGAGUCUAGGGUUUUUCAGGUUCUUGGUCGGGGUAGGGAUCGGUGGGGAUUACCCACUCUCGGCGACAAUAAUGUCGGAGUAUGCUAACAAGAGGACGCGCGGAGCAUUCAUAGCGGCCGUCUUCUCUAUGCAAGGGUUUGGGAUACUGGUGAGCUCGGUUGUGACAAUGGCGGUGUGCAAGACAUUUGGCCGAAUUUACCAUCGGUCGCCGGAAGAUCCACCAAAGGAAGCUGAUAUUGCCUGGAGGUUGAUAUUGAUGCUGGGUGUUAUUCCUGCCGUGAUAACAUAUUACCGGCGGAUGAAGAUGCCUGAAACUGCAAGGUACACCGCUUUGGUGGAGCAAAAUGUGCUCCAAGCUGCCAGGGACAUGGAGCGAGUCCUAGACGUGCCCUUGAGCCAAAUCACCGAGGACCAUAUCUUCCCCCCAAGCCCGCCGCCCUACCCUCUCUUCUCUAGGAAGUUCUUCCUCCGCCACGGUCGCGACCUCCUUGCCUGCUCCGCCACAUGGUUCCUCCUCGACAUCGUCUUCUACAGCAGCAACCUCUUCCAAUUCGAGAUCUUCCACAAGUACCUGCUCGACGAGGGGGUAACCGCCUUGGACGCCACCUUCAAGGUGGCAUUGCUCCAGGCCGUUGUGGCGUGCUACUCCACAAUCCCCGGCUACUUCGCUGCCGUCUUCCUUAUCGACCGUGUCGGGCGGGUCAAACUCCAAGCAGCUGGGUUCUUCUUCAUGGCCAUUGUUUACUUCUCCAUGGGGGUGCCGGACAACAAAUAUUGGAAGGGCCCCAGGCACAUGCUGUUCAUCUUCCUCUACGGCCUGACCUUCUUCUUCGCCAACUGCGGGCCCAACACGACCACAUUCAUUGUGCCAGCCGAGCUGUUCCCCGCGCGGUUCAGGACGACGUGCCAUGGUAUCGCCGGGGCCAUGGGCAAGGUUGGCGCGAUCUUUGGUGCCGUGGGGUUCUCGAAAACCUGGCAGGCGUUGGGGAUGAGAGUUACGUUUAUCAUAUUUGGCGGGAUCUGCAUGGCGGGGAUGGCAGUGACCCUGUUGUUCGCGAGGGAAACUAUGGGAAGAUCGCUUGAGGAGAACGAGAAUGAGGAUGAGUCUGUUCAAUAA